UCUGGAAAUAUAACUAGUAUUCAACUAUUUUUGUUUAAAGAUUGUAAUGUUUCAUUUGUUAAAAAACAUUUUUUUUUUUUGUAGCAUAUAAUAAUAUAAUUGGUUUUAAGAAAUAUCCAACUUUAUAAUACAAUCUUCAUUUUUAAUAUAAAAAAAAGAACUUUAAGAUCAUUUUCUAAAAAUGGAUGCAAAAUAUGGACAAUUUUUAACACUACCGACAACAAAACAAGUGGCAGAAAUUUAUGCCGAAAUAAAUACUACGGAGGAAAAAAUUGACAAAGAUGUAGAUUUGUUACUGGAAUGGGUACGAAAACAGCCUCACAUGCCAAAUCUAGAUGAUGAAAAAAGAAAAGUAAAAUCAUUUUUGAUUGGAUGCAAAAACAGUUUAGAGAGAACAAAAGAAAUGUUAGACAAUCAUUACACUUUGCGUGCUCUGUGUCCUAAGUAUUUCAUCGAAAGUGAUCUUGAAAAUAGUGCCAUAAUUAAAUUGAGCGAAUAUAGAGUAUUUGCUCCAUUGCCAAUGAUUACAAGGGAAGGAAAUAGAGUCAUUAUAGAUCACUUAAAAUCAGAGACUUUUAUUUUUGAUAUUGUUGUCACAAUGAAAGUUAUGUUGAUGAACAUAGAUAUAAGAAUGUCUAAACUAGAUAUUUUUAAAAAAGAUAUAUAUAUAUUAGAUAUGAAAUAUUAUUCAUUAAGUCGCUUACUAGAAUCUCUACCACAUAUACAUGAAAUGUCUCUUUAUCUGAAUAUUUUCAUCGCUGCGUUUCUUAGAAUAGUAAUUUUUACCACUGUCAGAUAUCAUCGAUACUUGAUCCAAAUAUGCCACGUCAUCACUGUUCCACGACCUCCUUGUGAUGGGUUUUUUAAGUUUAUGAAUUUUGAAUUUUUUUACCAUCUAAAUUUUGAUUUUAAUUUUUUUAAUUUUGCAGUAUAUAAUUUCACCAACAUCCUAAUUGCCAUAUGUAAGUAGUAUGUAAAUUUGAAAUAAAUUUGCUCAGUAGCUUUUGAGUAAUGAGAUGAUGAAGUUAGUUAUUUUUAGUAAUCCAUGCGUAUUCAUGAUCGUAAAAUGAUCCAAAAAAAUAAAUUAUAAAUAAAUAAAAAUAUAUUAUGGGUUAAAAGACAGAACUGAAAUUUUCAAAAAAAAUGAUUUAACCUUUAAAUUUUGCAAUUAAUAUAAUACAAAAUAUAAAAAAAUUUAAAUAUUCACUUACAUUACGUGAUUUCAAAUAGAAUGAACCGAUGAUAUAUCUAUACCCCAAUUGUGUUCCACACUCACUCAAUGAAUUAUAAUUUUUCUGACUCAAUGACUAUUUGUUUUAAAUAACUUAUCGAUCUGAUGGAUACACAUCAGUCGAAUAUGCUGUCAAGAAAAUGUAUUGUUGAUUAUUCAUAUUAUCGUUGUGUUACAUCGAGCUGUUGUCGGUCAUCUCUCUAUGUCAGCAUUGUCGCCGCCAUCUUAACGCUUCUUCUGCUAUAAGCUCUAUGGCGUUUUACGAGCCAGUAGUUUUUUGUAUACGUUUUAUUGUAAAAAGAAAAUAUCACCUUUGCGAUUAUCGUACACUGUGCGCUCAGUUUAUCGCCGUUGGGUAUAUAUUUUCUGAGAUACAUCACAAUACCGUUUACAGCAUAUUGUUCACAUUGGUCAGCUAUUUCAAUUGAUCCUUUCAAUAUUCAACAUUAUCAUCAGUCGUUUCAUUUAGCCGAUAAGUAUAAUGCUUAUUCAUCUAUCUGUUUCAGACUUAAUUGUAUAAUUUAUUAUUUGCUUAUAUCAUCGUCUUAGUGGAAUUAAUAUUAUGUGUCCCCCGAUCAACAUU